UAUUUCCUACACCGUUUUGUGGGAGCACAGUGAGAGGUCAUCACUUUUCGAGCUGCCUUUGUAAAUACCUAUGGAAGAAUGGUGCGGGGCGGAGGUGAUGGAGAAGAAGGCUGACAGACGAGCCAAGUGAUCCCCCGUUGGUACAUGAGGCCUUCAGGUGCUGCUAGGAGAAGCCAUGGAGCCAGACAUCAUUCCCUUGCACUCCUCCUCCCCACCUCCACUGGACGAUGACACCGAUGGGGAAGUGGGAUUGGAGGACGACGAGUUUGGAGAUUUCGGGGGAUUUUCUGUUGAGAAGCCUUGCUCCCCUCUCGGCUUUGCUGAUGCUACUGAGCCAUGUCGCGUAAAAGACCCGGUUGAACGAGCCCAACCUACAUCCACUUUGAAGUUGGAGUCGAGAAAGGUUCAGGAAGGCCAGGACUGUGAUGCAGAACCUUGUUCGCGCCUCACAAAUGGAUAUGCUGAAAGAGGCCAUGACACUCAAGCACAUAGUGCUUCUAUAGUGGGGGCUUCCUCUCCGCAGGAGGAAACGGGGUUUGCUGAUUUCACUGUGUUCACCGAGCAGACAGCACACCCCUGGUGCUGUGGUUUGUCUCCCAUGGGCAACACAGAGCAGUGGGGCGGAAACGCUAGAGGGACAAACACCAGCUUGAAUGAACAAAUCUGUGAUUCCGGACAGGAAGUUAUUAUGGAAUCUGAGCCCAGACCCCGUUGUGAAAAUGUCCACACUAAGGUCAAGCACUGUGAGAAACGAGAUGCAGCACUUGUGCAACCACAUCAGGACAACUAUGAGACUCAGGAAGCUGCAGCAGCUUUGGAUUUUCCAUCUGGUGAGGAGGAGCGAGGCAAAGAUGCUCGGAGGGAAUGGAGUUUUAAUCCUCUGCAAACCUCUAAGGAUGAUGAGACAGAAGAUCGAGAUAGAAGUACGUAUGAGCUCGCUUCAGAGGACCUGGCAUCUCUCUGUGAUGAUUUGUCAUUUGAGGGUGUCUCUGCAGACCUGGAGCCAAAUGUUUCAUCCCUUGCUUCUCAAGACAAUGAGAGCGAAUGGGACCGGACUGAUGAUGAGGAUGAGAAAGUGGGACCCUACAGAUAUUCUGACUCAUGUGUUAACAGCAGUAUGGUAAACCCCAGCCAGUCUGAGCCAGAGAAGAGCGUUCAUUGUAACCAAUAUGCGACUCAGGGAACCUCCUCUACCUCCAACCCGACUGAAGACAGGUUUGCUGACUUCGCUGACAGUUCUCCUGAGCGUCGCAGGGACCAAGAACAAACAGCUGAUGCAGCCGUGCAGAGUCUAGGAAACCUCCCACCGAGCGACAGCUUCGCAGACUUCUGCUCAGCACCCACCCAGGAGGAUGGAGAAGGAUCAUGGGCGGAGUUCAAGGACCAGAGUGCACAUGAGGAAGGAAGAACUUGGACACAGUUCAGAGAGCCAGUCAGCAGCCUGCAGCGUGAUGGGGGUACGGAGGAGGAGGAAUAUGAAAAUGGAGGUAGCAGGAAGAACAGCUGUCAGGCUUCCCUGUCCUGCCGUGUCCAGCAGCUCCUGUUGGCCACAUUCCCAGAGGUGGAGGUCCCAGCUGUGGAAGGUGAGGAGGAGCUGCUCAGUCUCUGUGCUUUGCUUCAGCCCUGCCAUCUCCCUGAGACCAAAGAGGCGAUACCAGGACCCAACGGUGCUCAGUGGAUUCAGCAGGGGUUGUUCUGGCCACAGCAGGACAUUCACAGUGCAGUUGGGCUCCAGUUUCAGUGGGGGGGAUCUUAUACUAACAGGACUCUGCUCAGGUGCCUUGGCGUAAACACAAGGAACAUUGUGUUUGUAGGCAAGAAGAAGCAGCCUGUGACCGUGCCUGCUUUUGCAUCCGACCUGGGAAUGCUUGAGCCCACCAAAGACUCUGUGCCAGCUGUGUGUUCUCCAAGACAUUCAGCGGUCACAACACAAGCACCUGCAACGCCUCUGGACACACCUGAUCCCUCAACACUUUCAGCGCAGGAGGAGCUACCUUCCAGCCAGCUGGGGUGGGUCAGCCGUGGCCUUAGCAGCUCUCAGGACGGUACGUCCCCUCGCCGAGCCCCCCACUUCUGGGGAUGGAAGUAGACUACCAACCAUCCCAUUCAUGGCUUCUGUUAAUAAGCCAAAAACUUUUGAGAGUUUCCUCUGGACCCUUUGCCUCCUCCAGGCCAUGUGCUGCUUCUUUGAAUCCUCCCUGUGUUUCCCCUCUUUUGCUAACGAUGACCACAACGUUCUGUUGUUGUCAACAGUCUCAAAACUGGAGUUUCAAAGUAAUACAGAUGGUCAUACAAACAGUAAAAAUAUGAAUUUCUCUGAAUUGUUUCAAAACCAUCACACGGGAAGCACUGUGUUGCCCCCCUUUCCCUCUUUUUCGCCUUCUGUGGUGUCUUUACCUCAUCUUUACCAGAAGGAAUUUAUCUCAGUAUUUAUCGAUCCCAUUUGAGAUGACGAAAGUUCAGGAUGUUCAUCUAGAAAUGCUGCUUAAUGGUCCUGAAGUUAUUUUUUUAAACUACAUUACAAGAACUUAAAUGCUAAAUUAACACCACACUAAACACUUCCCUUGUUUGUCCUACUCUAUCAAACACGUUGGUGAGCAAGGCUCUAACGUGUGCGCAGAGUUUUGAUGGAUAUGUUUAUUCAGGGAUUAUUUUUAUUUUCAUUUUUUGUGGCCUCUGCAGAGGUUGAACACUCUUCUGUGACUUUUGACUUUAUUACACACUAAAUCUGAUAAUAUGCCACAUUUUCUGACUUUAUUUGUCUUUAACUCUUUGACAAAUAUAUUUAUUUGUUCAUAUAUAUUUGAAAAGUGUAAUUCUUUGCUCUGGAAAUUUCGCAAUUUUAAUUUGACAAGAAGCAGAAUAGACUGAGUGAGCAAGUGUGUGGUAUGGUGAACACCACUUAUAACAGGGUUAUUGCGUGUGUGGUAAUAUAAGUUUAUUUAGAGAGGGAAUCUAAACCAAAUCACAAAACAAUCUGCACCAGUUUGCGUUUAAGGGCAGUCGUUUGCUGCUGCAUGCAUUUAAAGAAGGUAGCACUAAGUUAUGCUAACAAACGCAAGUUUUUUCCAUAUAAGGAAAAUGCGAAAAGAGAAAAAACAUUGCGUGAAAUUCCCAGAAAUGAUUGUGAAGCAUGCAAGAUUAAACUUUGCUCUUGAGCUAGCAGAUAUAUACACAUGUAUGUAUCUAAGAAUGGACAUGGCAGCUGAGAAACUUGAUUUCUAAAUAUCUGCUCUAAUAUCUAAAUAAAACUUUUGCUGAGUUGAGUCCGCUGGUGUAGGCAAAAUGAACAAUGAUAAAAUUGAGCACAGCCACACUCCUUGGUUAAGAAGCCCUUUUACCCUGGUUUAUAUUCUUAGUUUUACUCUUCAUAUAUUCACAUCCACAACCCAAGACAAAGGUAUAGUGAUAAAAUGAGAAAAAAAAUGUUCAAUGUUCAAUUUAACUGCCCAAUCAGCCACUAGUACAUGAGUACUUUAUAUAUUUAUAGAUAGAUGCUUAUUGUUUGCUCCAUUUCUUUGCAUUAUUAUUUUCUUCCGCAUCUAAAUUAACGUUUUGCAGUUGUGUUUGCUCUUCCUUUUCAUUUGUUUUUAUUAUCAACCUCAUGUUCUCUCAUCCUAUAAAAUAUGAGCAGACUUGUUAGGACUGAGUGUUUGAUCCAAAGCACCUAAUUUUCAGAAAAUAAUCACCAUUUUCCAGGUGUUUCUACAGCAUUUCUGUAAAUCCAGAUACAACUGUUCAUAAUGAGUUGUGCCUUUUUGCUAGCAAUCAUUUUCUAAUAUUUUUGUUUGUUUGUUUGUUUGUUUCAAAUGGUGAAAUUAUAUUUGGAUCUAUAAUUUGUCAAGCAAAAGACUGUUUUUAUUUAUUUCUUCCGAUCUACUGCUCAAAUUGAGAAUCGGUGCACUGCAUUAAGGACUCCUUGUAAAUACUGAAAUAAAUGGGUCGAUCCUUU